AAAGAUGACGAAAUGUUUUCGUAAACUACGCUUUUAAGUCAUUACUGAAAUGGUAUGCACACUUCGUUUAAUUUGAAAUGCAAUAAGCAUGCUGUAAACAGUAAUAUAAAAGUUUAUUCUUUUCAAGACAACACCACGGAAGUAAAAUAAAUGUAGUUUAAUGUAUUUCGUAUGUUCUUGGAAUAUUAAAGUUUAUGCUAUAUUUGAAUUCGAAAUAAACGAACAUUUGUGCGAAUCAUCAACAAUUCUGGACUUCAGUUUUUGCGAUCUUGAAAAUGUCACCAAGAUGGACUGUCGUAUUCGCAUUUCUGCAGACGACACUUAUCUGUGAUGUUGCAUCCGUACCUCCAGCAGGGAAAGUGGGAACAAAUGGAACCAGACCCUCAACCGUUCAGUUAAUAGAGCUCGUCGAGAUCCCUGGAGAUCCCGGAAAUAGCGCACAGGUUCCCGUCAUUAGGCGCAUUCCCACCAAUAUCCACGUUAAGACAGCUGAAAUGUCUCAUAAAGGUGCUGGCGGCGGAGAUCACACAGGACCAGGCGUUUAUUCCGAUAACCAGGGUCCAUCGGGCGCUCAUAGAGUCACUGGGGGUGUUGGGAAAACGCACAUUGAUUUGCCCGGCCAGCAUGGAAAUGAGUCUCCGUUUCCAGUGGUCCAUAGGGACACGGGCACCUCAGCGGGGGAAACACACGUUGAUCUUCCCGGUCAACACGGCAAUGAUUCCCCGUUACCGGUGGUCCACAGAGGCCAUGUCCCCGACCCUCACGCCGCUGAAACCAGAUCGUCUGGCAGAGGGAAGGUGCAUGUGGAUUUGCCUGGUCAGCAUGGAAACAACUCGCCACAUCCGGUUGUUCACCGCAUUGGGUCCCCUCCUAACACUGGUGGCGGCAGACGCAGACAAGACACUUUCCGUGGCAACCGUCCAUUGUCAGUGGUCCCCGACCUGCAUGCUGGUGAAACCGGAUCGUCCGACGGAAUGAAGGUCCAUGUAGAUUUGCCCGGUCAGCACGGAAAUAACUCGCCACAUCCCGUUGUUCACCGUAGUGGGUCCCCUCCUAACGCUGAUGAAGCGGGCCACGACCCGCAUGGUGGCGGCAGCAGUAGACAGGACACUUUCCAUGAAUUGCCGAAUUACCAAAGAGUCGACCGGCCGCAAGGCAGACCUCGAGGUAGACAAGAACCUUUCCAUGGCAACAGCAGGCGUGGCUUUGAAACGCCGCCCACUGAUAGCGUCCCUGACUUUGAACGAUUUCCUCGAAUGGAACGUGAAAGAUUCAGAUUUGAGCGCCGAUUUCGACCGCCUCCAUUUUACCCUGACAUAGGUCCGGGGCCCAUGAUGCCUUACGAUAUGUUUGCAGAUCGUCGCUAUUUCGGACGUGGAUUUGGACCAUUUAUGCCAUUUUUUCCACGCAUGGCGCCAUUUUUCAGUGAUCCAAUGUUUAUGAGUGGUUAUGGACCUGGGCCAUUCAUGGGAAGUUCAAUGUUUAGAAGACGCUAGUUUUUUUACAUUGUUAUACAUAAUCUGUUUCGACAGAUUCGUUGAAACACUGUUUACUAGUUUUACCUCUAUUUAUCCAACUUGUAUUGCCUGGGUGGAAUUUGAAUUAUCAAUAAAUAAUAGAAAACUA